GAAUACACAACUCACCUCUGUUCUCCGAGCCCCUCUGGCCAUGUUGCCUCGUCGGUCGUUCGAAGUUCCAUCGAAUUAAUUGGAUAAAAUCACCCCCAACAAUCGAAAUUUAACGAAAAAAUAGCCCCAACCGAAACCACAUCAAAACUAAAACAAAGUGAGCUAUAAAAAUCGAUAAAACAACAAUACAAUAAUUACAAAUACAAGAGGAUUAAUGUCCUGUUCAGUUUCAACUGUUAAAUCACAAGACCAUAAAUCUAACAAGCAGUGGCUGCCGCCUGGAAUUAUUAUUCCGUGCGGAAAAACAAUUUGACUGAUUUUUGGGAUCCAGUCAACGAAAACUUCCACCAUUCCGCCAAUAACCGAGUGCCGACCCGCAGGGUGGCGUACAUUUGAUAAGGGUUGUAUCUGCGAUAGACUGGUUGGCCAGUCUGUUGUUGUGUCUCUGAGCAACAGCGUCAACUGGAAGUUGGCCCUGAACGCAGAGCCCCCGUGGCUUUGCUAGCACCCCCAACUCUGAGAUCGCAUUAACUCGCCUCCCCACGACACUCAAAAUCCGCACUGACAGCUGCCUCAUUGCUACCUAGCGUCCGCAGAGUAGCAUAAAUCAUCCCCCACGAAAGCAACAAACAAUCAUUCAACUGAUUCCCUCAACUUCGAACGACAAAUUACUCAAAAAAUCAACAUGAAGGUGACCAAUUUGGACGAGCGCAUCCACGUGCUGGACAGUGCAUCCAGCGUGAUGAGUGUGAUCACGGAGAUUGCUGAGAGCGGCCUGCAGGAGGAGGCCUUCUACGUCCUGGACAUCGGGGACAUUGUCAAGAAGCACCAGAUCUGGAAGGAGAAGAUGCCGAGGGUCGAACCCUACUACGCUGUUAAAUGCAACGACUCUCUGAUUGUCCUCGAGGUCCUGGCAUCCUUGGGCAUUGGUUUCGACUGUGCAUCAAAGGUCGAGAUCAACAAAGUCCUGGAGGUGGGCGUCGACGCUUCCAAAAUAAUCUUCGCUAAUCCAGCUAAACCCGCUUCCCACAUUCGUCAUGCUGCUGCUGUUGGGGUCGACACCAUGACCGUCGAUAACGAGAGCGAACUCCACAAGAUCAAGAAACUCCAUCCAGCCGCCAAGAUCGUCAUUCGCAUCCGCUGCGAUGCUGAAGUCGCUCAGUGCCAGCUUGGCAUGAAAUUCGGAUGUGAUCCGAUCUACGAGGCCCCGACUUUGCUGCGUCUGGCUAUGAUUCUUAAUCUUGACGUCGUUGGAGUCAGCUUCCAUGUCGGCUCUGGAUGUCAGGAUCCUCCGGUCUUCCGCAGAGCCAUUGGACACGCCAGGACUCUCUUCGAGAUGGCUAAGGAGAUUGGGUACAAGCCUUAUCUCCUCGAUCUUGGGGGAGGCUAUCCUGGGGACAAGGGCACGUGCAUUGGGAAAAUUGCUGAUGUCGUGAAUUCUGCACUCAGCGAGUACUUCCCCAACGACGAUGUUCACAUUAUCGCUGAGCCUGGAAGAUUCUACGUGGCCUCUGCAUUUACCCUAGCUACGAGCAUUCACAGCAAACGCUCGGUUCGCACUGACAAAAUGUCCCCCAAUUCGGUUACUCAUAAUAUGUAUUAUAUCAAUGAUGGUGUCUAUGGAUCCUUCAACUGCCUUCUGUACGAUCACCAGCAUGUCACUCCCAUUCCACUCAAGAGUGGCUGUGGUAAAAUGAUUCCAUCAAGCAUUUGGGGACCCACGUGCGACGGCUUGGAUCAGGUCGUUGAAAAUAUGCUGAUGCACGAAAUGGAACUUGGCGAUUGGAUAAUCUUCGAAAACAUGGGUGCUUACACUCUGCCAGUAGCAUCACCGUUCAAUGGCUUCCCCAUUCCCAAGGUUCACGUAGUUGCUGAAGAAAAUGUGUGGCUAUUGUUGAAAGACGCUCUCCCACUGACCGAGGAUCACUUCGUAAUUGGCACAACUCCAGCAAAUCUGCGUCUUGGUCUCGACAUUGGAGGGUCCAAAGUCGAUCAGUGGGCCCCUGCACCCUUGGAUCUCGCUUCCUCCGGCAUCAUCAAUGAACAACCACCUUCCUCUCCCUUUAUCUACGAGUACGUCGAAGUCGGACCGCUUAACUGAGUAAUGCUGAAAUUAAUUUUCACCAUUCCAAACGGCUGCGUAUGAUAUCGAUGCAAAAAUAAUCUGCGUGGAAUUUUUUUUUAAUAUCCGAACAUUUCUUUCCUUCACUCUUAUCGAAGCCAACGAAUUCACGAAACGUCCAUACAUUUCUUGCGAUUAAUAUCGUAGAUUAUCCUGACACCGACAAUUAAUUGUAUAAUUUUAGUAAUCAGUUGAAUUUAUCAAUGGGCUUCGACAUUUCAUCUCGUGAAUUAAAAUUCAUUGACGGUUCAGAUCGAACAGAUUUCAGAUUAAUUUAUCACUACGACUUUUAAUUUUUCGUUUAGUUUAUUAGUGUUCUUUGUUUAUUUUGUUCAUCUUCAUUAGUUGAAUUAAUAACCGAGGCAUUCCAAUCGUGGCUUCGAAAGAAAGAAUAAUUCUCCAAACAGCUUUAGAUGUUUUACAAACAGAAUUUGAGUGGAAGAAAAUUAAAAAAAAAUCUGAAUACUCUUUCAAUGUAUUGGAUUUACCCAGAUGUCUAUGAAUGUAGCAAUUAGAUCGUGCUCAUUUCCACCAGAUAACACGUAGAUACUCUGAAUAAUUUCAAUUCUUUCGAUCGCUAACGUUACGACACGUACGAAAAAGUUUCUUAUAAAAACUUGAGAAAUUCGCUAGAAAUUUCUAUUGGAUUUCGUGUGAAUUUUCUGCUAGUUUUUGGUUGAUUCUAUUGAAAAGUUUCGAAGUUUAUCUGCGCCCUGUUUUCACUAGAUGAAAUUUAGUUUUAUGCAAGUCAUUCUAUUGAGAUGUUUUCUAUAGAAAUUCCUCGUCUCAAAUUUUCCAGCUUUUUUCUUUACAUUUUUUUAAUGGAAAUGUCGAGGAAAAAUUGUAUAACGAGAUAAAAUUCUACUAAUUCUUUCGAUAAACAAUUUCUGUAGGACAUUUUCUAUUAGAAAAAAGCGCGGUACAGCAGUGGAAUUGUUUAAUAGAAUCGUUUGAGAACUAAUAGAACUUUCAAUAGAAGUCAAAUAAAAUUUUCUGUCAAAUUCGCUAGGUUUUUCCGCGAAAUUUUUUCAUGUGUGGAGUUUCUCUUGGAUUCAACCGACGCACAAUGAACAAUGGCAGAAUGACUUUUUAAUUUUGAACAUUGAAACUCAAGAUCUUCCUAGUUUUAUCGACAUUAGAAUAUAAAUUUUUCAAUUAAAUAACAAUCGAUAGGUUGAUUCAGUAGAUUUUAAAGAUUAUAAAUGUUUAUAAAAUUAUAAUUCGUAGAUGUCAAGACGAUCCAGAGAAACAUUAUUUGUGCCGUACAAUCUUUCGUAUCUUUGUAUGAUGAUAAACGAGAGGAAUAAUUAGGAUUGAACUGUGGACGCAGUGUAAGCAUAAAACCCGAAAAAAAAGAUGAAUUUUCAAAAAAAUGUCGAAAAAAUGGUAGAAUUGUAGAAAGAAUUUCCAUAGAUGGAAAGAUGAUAAGGAACAAAAGGAAAAACUCUGCAGGAGUGCUAGGAAACUCUGAGGCAUUGAGGCAGCUGUCACAAGAAAUAAAAACGAUAAUUAGUUUUCUCAGUAAUUAAUUACCCUAAUUGUAUUAUAUGUGAAACUGACUUACAUAAUUAUUGUCCAUUAAUUAUUCAAUUAGCUCGAUUUACGUGUGUAACAAUGUACACUAGAGCAAUAAAAUUUAAAUUGAGAUGUAAA